AUGGUCAGCCAGCCAGCCAGCCAGCCAUCUUGGCUUUUUGCUUGGCUGCCAUCAGUAUUCGCUCUGUGCAAUUUUCCUUCUCUGCUCACCAACGGUAUCCUCAGGUUAGAGCAAAUGGAAGAUACUCCGCUGGAGGACUUUUCUGCUGAUGAGCGACGAGAGCAUCGCAUUUUUGAGCACCUCUUAGACUCAUAUCCUGGCCUUUUAGAGCGACUACAAAAUGGAUCUGAGGAGGAACUUAUCCAUGUGGGUGAGCUCAUUGGUAAGGGAGCUGCAGGUGCGAGGGGCAACGACACGAAAACAUUAAAGUCUGCAGUGCUUGAUUGGAUUUCCCUGAAAGGCACAGCAAUCCAGCCUCCUUUACACAGAAACUCGAAGAUUGACCGUGGAUUCAACCAUGAGCUUACUGGAUCGCUGCUUUGUCCCGCAGGGUUGGACUGGAAAGACCCAGAGACGAGAGAGAACCUCCGAAGCGGAGAACUAUCGGUAUGUGGAGAUCAAUGGCCCGUAUUUUUGUAUGCCAACCAUACUUACGACGCUGAUGACCCGUGGUGUGGUCUUCUCAGGAAUCGCUUACUUGUAUAUGCUUACAAACACGUUUUUACAUCCCCGAGUUCGGUUGACAAAGAACCAAAAGCUACGCGAUCUGGAAAUGCUCGCCUCCAUGGCAUGAAUGCUGUCACCGUCACUUCUAUAUCUUAUAUUGCAACACAGUUCCGAUUUGCUUUAAGUUCCUCUUCAGUAUUUUCCCGGACCAACACAACGACAGACUCAGAGACGUUCUAUCACAGUCUCCUCGACCUCCUCGAGGACCCUGAUGAAUCUAAGGAGCUCGAUGAGCUGCUGACAUGGUGGAAUCGACAAGUUUUUCCUGCUUCAUCUGCCGCCAAGCGAUCUAUCAGCACCAAUAGCGCCUUGGCAAAGAUUUGA